AUGGCUCACCACCACCAGGCAAAGCGACCUUACAAUGGUUCCCAACCCUCCAUCACCUCCUACUUCUCCGCCGCCACCCCCGACAACCCGGCCUUCUCCAACUCAACAUCUACAGAGCAGCGCCAUAUCCCACCCACAAACGUCCAAGCGAAUCUCCUGAGCGUGGGAAUGCGUGUCCGCAAAUCCGUCCCAGAGGGCUACAAAACCGGCUCGCAAUACAGUUCUUUCGCGCUCUUCUCAGACCCGUCGUCGGCGCAUGCGCCGGUGGCUGCGACGUCCAACGCUGCCUCUCCACGGACGAAGACGGGAAGUCGACCGCGAGCUAGGGAACUCACGCCGUUUUGUGAGAUCUUGAAGAUUGGGGGUUUGGCGCAGCAGGUUGAGGGGAUUUACCAUUCUUCGGGUCGUGAUGCGGAGGAUGAGGAGGAGGAGUUGGAGUUCCCGGGGUUUAAGAGUAGUCAGGGAAGUACCUCGUCUUCUUCUAGCUUCGAGACGAUGGGAUAUUCGGCGACGCCGUUUGGAGAUAUUGGACUAGGAAAUAAGCGUCGUUUUGAGGAGGAGGAGGAAGACGAUGUGGUUGUACGAAGUAUGGGUGGACGAGCCAUUGCUGUUCCGAAGAGGAAGAGGGAUGGGAAGAUGGGUGCGGUUGGUGUGCCGGCUUUUGCGUAUGGGCAGGAGAAUGCGAAUGACUUCCAGGAUGCCGACUUUUUGGAUUACAAGUUGGUCACUGAGGAGGUUGAGAUGAGUGGUGUUUGA